GACCAGCAGAGCACCAGCUAGUAAAUUUUUGUUCUUGAAGAGUUCAUCUGCUGUAUGACAGAUCCAAUAACCUACUAAGGACAAGGAGCCGAGCGGGCUGAUCCUAUUUAAGAUCCAGCACCGCAUACUGCAAACAUUUUACUGUGAGAAGUUCGGGCUUUAGCUGACUGAGCCAAACGCAUUCAGUAAAACAUCCUUUCGCACAAACCCACGUCAGAACUUGUACGUUUUUCUACAUUUGUAGAGAGACUUACAGAAAAAAAACAGUUCGGCGACGACAAGGAAAAUCGCAGGCAUAAUAAUGCUGAACUCUACCGAAGAUAGCACAGACCAAGGAGUGUGCAACGCAUUUUGGAACGCCACCAACGCCUCCGAAAGAGAACCGGGCAAUUUAAACAAGUACAUUUUCAUCGUCACAGUUUGCAUCACCGGACUGGUGUGCGUCAUCGGACUAUCGGGGAACAUUCUGUCUUUCGUCGUGUUCCUUCGCGAGAAGAAAAAACCGUCCACAUCUCUCAUUCUCCAGGCUCUGGCUGUGUCCGAUUUUUGUAUAUUACUGAACACUUUGGUCGAAUUUUCCAUCCCCUUUAUAUACCCGUAUACUGGUUAUGCCGGCAUCUACUUCAGGGCUUUCCAGACUUUUAGUAUAUAUACUUAUCCGUUGCAUUACAUAUUCAUCACAACGUCAACAUGGCUGUUGGUUCUUCUGAGCAUUCACAGAUUCAUUGCCGUAUGUAAACCCAUGAGCAAAUACAAGUUCGAAAUCAAGAACACGAAGGUGCAGGUAAUUGGCGUAUAUUUGUUUGCAGUGGCCUUCAACGCGCCUAAGUUCUUCGAUGUCCAGUGCGUCGGCAUCACUUACUGUACAACAACAACGGACGACAUGUGUUACAAGACAAUCCUCAACAAUGACCUAGCCUUCAAGCUCAGCUACCGGAUCGUCUUGACGAACGUCUUCAUGUACAUUGCACCCAUCACCAUAAUAUCCGUCCUGAAUGGGAACCUAAUUUUGACCCUGAAACGCUCCGGCGAGAAUCUGAGUUUUUGGGGCAAACGAAAAGCCGGUCGAGAUAGCAUCAAUGCCAUCCUUAUUAUUGUUGUGGUCAUUUUCAUGAUUUGCACCACGCCCAUUUUCUUGUCACAAAUCAUCAUGACAUUCGGUGAGCAUUUUCCAAAAUCCGUCAUGGAAGGCUACUUGUAUUUCCUACCGAUACUGUUUCUGCUGGUGGCUCUGAACGCUGCAGUGAAUUUCUUCGUCUACGCCUUGGUGGGUGUGAGGUUCAGAACCAUUCUGCGCGAGCUGUUCUGCGGACCGCCAACGGGCACCGCUCUGAACCCAAAUAUCGGCAAAAACAUCCGAACCCCCUUCAACCCAAGUCUCAGUCUUGAGAGUCGAAGCAGUGCAUCGACAGGGCCUUUAAUAAAAGAUGCUAAGCAAGGCACUGGACCGGACAGUGGACAACCGGCCUCAGAUGAGCCGCAGUUAAGUAGCUCUUCCCGGUCAGUUGCAACCACUGUAAGUUAUACACUAUAG